AUGGCAGAUGAAGAAGAAGGAACUUGUUUGCCAGCCUGCUGGGCUUGUGCUCCUGUUCUGGUUGCUGUAGAUGGAACAAAAGCUCUGCUAAAUCGAUUAUGUGAUGGCCUUGAACCAUGGAAGAUUUUAGUCUACAGUAGUGGCACAACUUUAGUUGUCCUCUAUCUGAAAGACUUCCUUUUUCAGGAGGAUGAAACGCUAACUUCAAGAGUCAAGCGCCAGUUUUUCAGUUUAGUGAAGAGAAUUCCUGCUGUUAAAAGACAGAUUGAGGCAGAUAUGGAAAAAACUACUAGUACAAUUGAGGCAGCAAUGAUAAAAAAUGUGAAAGGGGAGUAUGUAUGCAAGCUUCCAGCUAAAGGUCUUUCAGAGAAUGUAUUGUUAGAAGAGCUAGCAAAGUACAAGAGCAUGACAAACGAUGACUGGAGGAAGGGACUAGUUUCAGGAACUGUGUACAAUGGCGACGACAAACUGACUGAACUCAUGGCCAAA